GACACAGCGACUGGCGACGGCUCGCCCGCGCUUUUCAGGCUUCUGUAUUCGAAAGAUUCUGUUUUCAGAAGAGGUUCCUCAGUUAGUUUUACGCAGCGGCGGCGAUCCUUACCUGAAUGUGGAAAUGCCUGUUAAAAGAUCCCUGAAACUGGAUGAUCCGUUGGAAGCAAAUUCAUUUGGUCCUUCAAAAAUCACAAGGAAGAAAAGUAUUAUGGAUUAUUCUCCAACAACUGGAACUUGUCGAAUGAGCCCAUUUGCUUCUCCCACAAGGUCUAAAGAACAAGAGCACAAAAAUGGACUAUCAAAUGGAAAAAGGAAAAAAUCGAAUCAUCUCAGUUUAACCAAAAGAAAGAAAUCUACAACAAAAGACGAUGAAUUAAUGGUAUUGCUAUCUAAAGCUGAGAAAUCAUCAGAAGAAAUCAUGGAAAUAAUGCAAAGUUUAACUAGCAUACAGGCUUUGGAGGGCAACAGAAAGCUUGAAAAUCUCAUUGGUAUCUCCUGUGGAUCAUGUUUCUUAAAAAGAGAGAUGCAGAAAACAAAAGAACUAAUGACAAAAGUAACAGAACAAAAACUGUUUGAAAAGAAGAGCUCAGAACUUUCUAACAAAGAGUUACGUCAUCUUGACAGCUAUGAAUUCCUUAAAGCCAUUUUAAAUUGAGGCAUUUAGAAGAAAUGCACUCACUAUGAACACCAACUUCUGCAUCUGCCUGAUCAUAUUUAAAGGAACAGAAGAAAUGUUUGUAAUUAAUCUGCCCAGUAAAUACCAGAUCAUAGUACUAGGCAGGUGCAUGUCUAGAUAAAAUUUCUUGCAGCUAAUUUAAACUUUCUACACACACCAGAAGAUAAUCUCAAUGUAAAUAAUACACUUCUUGACCCUUUAAUGAAUAAACUAACAUGUAGACAAGGAUUUGGGCUUAUAUUCUUUAUCAUGUAUGCUUCUGUAUACUUUUAGCAUUU